AUGCUUGCGAGUGGCGCCGUGGUAGAUCCGUUGGAGGUGGAGGGGACAUUCAUCAAGAGCCCGUUUAUUCGGCAAGUUUUUCUGCACAGGGAAAAUCGUCCCUACCCCACCGCGUUGGUGGUCACGAACGCCAAGGCCAUCCCAUCACACCUGCGCAAGGUGGAACGCCGUGACGGCGUGCUCAUUGUGAGCGAGCGCGAGAAGGCAGAUUGUAUUCGGGCAGAGUUGCGUCGCGUCUCGCAGGGGCUGCCAGCGCGGGCGCACGUGCACCGGUUUGCCUUUAUAGAGGAGUGCACUCUGGCCAACGGCGUUAUAACAUGUAAGUACACCUUUGCUUGA